UCCUCUUUACCCCUAAACGCGCGCAAAGAUUUCAACAUAGAGAGAGAGAGAGACUUUACAGAGUUUACUUCCCCAAAAAAACAAAACUAUUAGAAAUUUAGAAGUGAGCGAGUGAGAGAGAGAGAGAGAGAGAGAGAGAGAGAGAGGCGAGAGAUGGGUGCGGCAGUAGGGGGAGUGAUAUUGGACGAGUCAGUACUAUUAGCCCCUCAGCACGACGACGACCUUCAUGCGAACUCAUCGGUACAAUCCGGCGCUGAGUCUCUCCUUCGUAAGCUUCGCCAUUCCAAAAUCCGUGUGGGGAUUUCUUAUGGACUGGAUCUCUCAGACCAUAAGGUGAGUCUUCUUAAAAGGAUGGCAACACUGUACUCGUAUGACUGUUUUAUCUUAAAUGCAUCUUCUUUAGAUGAUGCUCAAAAUGAGAUUUUUCUAGCUUGGGGUGACAUUGGAGGCAGUAUUUUGUACCUAGUUUCUGACAAGAAGAAGGAAGUCUUUCCUAAACUAAGCAACUGUGGUUGGCUGGUCGUUGUUCUAAGAUCUCUUGGGCAAGAAUCAGCAGAUGGUGGUAGUGCAUGUGAGUAUUCAAGCAUGGUUUAUAUCAACAAGCUAGAAGAGUUGCCUUUGACUGUAUGCCACUUAAAUCGAAAGGCACUUCGCAACACUGCUGCAACUGUUGGAUAUGUUAUGAAACCUUCUCGUGAAGAAGAUUUUGCUAAGAGGGGUGCAUUCCCUUUGUAUCCUACUCAAAAUGGGUUGAUGUUCUUGCCCCUCACCUUUGAGCUUCCUUUAUCACCUCAGUUGCAAGAAGUUGACAUUGUUCUCCAUAAAGCAACUGAUGAAAUUGUAUCCAUUGAUUUGAGCAGUUCUUCAAACCUCUCUGAAAGAGUAGCUUACACCAGGGGCAUGCGGGAAUUGCAAAGAUAUAUGGAGCAUCAACCGGAUUGCUGUGUGAUUGACCCAUUUAAUAACAUUUACCCUGUAGUGGAUCGGCUGAAAAUUCAAGAGAUUCUACUUGGUCUGGAGAAUCUUAAUACUGAAGGUCACUGUACGAUCAGGGCCCCCCAUUUUCUCAAGGUUGAUAAUUUCCAUGAACAUGAUUUGGUGCAAAGGCUGUCUGAAGCCAAACUAUCUCUUCCAAGUAUAGUGAAACCUCAAGUUGCCUGCGGUGUAGCUAAUGCUCACACUAUGGCAAUUGUAUUCAGAACUGAAGAUUUUAAGGACUUGAGCGUUCCUCUUCCAGCUGUUGUGCAGGAAUAUGUGGAUCAUUCAUCCACUCUGUACAAAUUUUACGUCCUGGGUGAAAAGGUUUUCUAUGCUGUUAAAAAGUCUACACCGAACGCAGAUAUCUUGAUGAAAUUAUCUGAAAGUAAUGGACUCAAACCUCUAGUUUUUGACAGCUUAAAAUCUCUACCCACUGGCGGUGAAGACCAGCAUCGUGGGGAUAGUAAUUGCUCCAAGGCCACUAAUCAUUGCAUUGAUCUUGAGCUGGUCACAGAUGCUGCAAAUUGGCUAAUGAGAAUGCUUGAUCUUACUAUCUUUGGCUUUGAUGUUGUUAUUCAGGAAUGCACUGGUGAUCAUGUCAUUGUGGAUGUAAAUUAUCUCCCGUCAUUUAAGGAAGUGCCUGAUGAUAUUGCAAUACCUGCCUUUUGGAGCGCUAUUAAGAAGAAGUUUGAAUCGAGAAAGUCGAAAUAAGCAACAAUAGCUCCUCUUUUACUAUGAUGACCAGAAGUUGGUUAGUGAAGAUAUCAUCACAUCUGGUUUUAAGAUGCCAACCAUAAUCUUUUUGUGUUGGAGGUGAAAUGUAAGAGUAAUUCUAGACAUCAUACUUAUGUCCCUCUUGUAUUCCUUUAAUAAUGACGCGACUUUUAAAAUUACCAUUGGACUUGUGAUUGAUCAUUAUUGAAUUUUGAUGUGAUUUGAAAAGUUAUAUCAUUAUUAGAGUGACAUAAGAUGGACAUGGGUAUAACGUUUAGAAUUACUCAAAAUGCAAGAUGUAUAUUCAGUAAUUACAUAUCAUGGCACUUUGUGAGGAAAUUUGAGCAAAUGAAGUUUUGAUAUCCAUUUCUUUACUGCUAUUUAUCCUUUAGCUUCUUAACGUAA